GCAAUUCGUGCUGGAUACACACACAGGCGCUAAAGCGAUCUUCAACCCGAUCUUGCAAACUGAAUUUUUCGGUGGUGUGUCCGGCAGACGUGUUAAAAAAAUUCUCCCGAGUAUAAUUAAAACGUUUCUCAUACGUGUUUCUUUCAUUAUUUGAAAUAUUGUGAAACAAAAAAAAGAAAAUAAAACAUCACCAAUUUGAUAAAUUAAACGAAUUUUCGUAGUGUAUUUCAAAAAAAAAAAAAAGGAAAAUCAAAAAAAAAAUAUAGUGUGUGUGUGUGAGAAUUAUCCAAAGGAAAAAAUAGAAAAAGCAACAUGUCUGACCGAAAAGCAGUGAUUAAAAAUGCUGAUAUGUCUGAGGAGAUGCAACAAGAUGCUGUAGAUUGUGCAACUCAAGCAUUGGAGAAAUACAAUAUUGAAAAGGAUAUUGCUGCAUUUAUCAAGAAGGAGUUCGAUAAAAAAUACAAUCCCACGUGGCACUGUAUCGUUGGACGCAACUUUGGCAGCUAUGUAACGCACGAGACAAGACAUUUUAUCUAUUUCUACCUUGGACAGGUAGCCAUUCUUCUCUUCAAAAGCGGAUAAAUCAGUUUUUUCUCCCCCUAAUCACUGUAACUAUCCACUUCUUAAAAAGAUUCCUUUCCAUUCCCUCCUUUCCUCUCUCUCUCUUUCUCUCUCUCUCUCUUCUAUAUCUUUUUUCUCUUAUUUUUCUUCUCCAAAACUGUCCCAGAAAAAUAAGUAACAUAAACUUUCUUUACCAUGCCAUCUAUAUAUGAAAUAAAUUACGUUAUGUGAAUGCAACAUGUGAAGUUAUAUACUUUCCAUAAAAGGGAAGAUGUGUCACGGUGCAAACGAAUCCAUGGUGGCAGCAUUGUGGCGGUGUUCGAUAAAUUUCACGGGUUAAAAAAAAAGCUCUCUCUCUUUCUCUCUCUCUCUCUCUCUCAAAGCUUGCGAAUAUUUUUUUUUUUGUACAUUAUCCCCUGCCCCCCUUUUUUUUAUUUGUUAAUUGUUAUUGUUCUAAUUUAAAAAAAAAAAAAAAAAUUAACGGUAAUUUUAACAAGCUCUUCGAGAUAUGAACAGACUCUGGCGAUGAAAAAAAAAAAAAAAAAAAAAAAAAAUAGUGCAAUUAAAUAGUUUUUAGGAGCUUCGCCACUUUUUUUGCCACCGGAGGCACCGCGACCAAAAAAAAAAUGAAAUAAAAGAAAUUCCGUAAUGUUCGAUGUACGAUCUGUUGAACAAUCUCCAAAGAAAUUUUUUUUGUUUGGAGAUUUUUUUUCAUAUUUUGUUUUGUAGGGGGACAGCUCUCGAAAAUGACGAUUUUAAUCAUUUUUUUUUUUUUUAUUAAUUCUUAAUAAAAAAAAAAUAGAGGUGAAAUAAUAAUAAUGGCAAAAUUAUAAAUUACCCCCUUGUAAAUUUAAAAAAAAAGUAAAGUCUUGACGAUUUUAAAUGAUAAAAAUUGACGCGGAAAAUUUGUCAUUUCGAGAGCUGUCCUUUAUUAUUUUUUUUUGUUUUUUUUUGUAAAGAACGAAAGUGAAACACUCCGAUAGCCAGUUUUUGGGUUUUGGACGAUCUUUCGUUUUUUAGGAUAAGCUACGAAAUAUGAGAAAAUAAAAAAAAAGAAAAGAAAACAGAAAAAAGUUGUGUAGACGAAAGCAUUAGAAUUUUUUUUAUACUACGCACUAAAUACUGUAAGUGUAUAACGAACGAAUACCAAUCGUUGUAAUACUAAUAUAUUAUUAUUAUUACUUAAUUAAUAAUGUUAGAAAAAAAAAAAAUGAAACUAUUCGUUGAGAUCGUUGUAUUUUGUAAAUCUGGAGUGGGACUUUGUUAACGCUUUACCUCAAGGCGAUGCAUACUUAAAAGAAACAAACAAACAAAGAAAAAAAAAAAAGUUUAUUCAAUUCUCACUCGUUCUGCCUGUCGUCGAUUGUAUUCGUCUUUUAAUACUUCACGCUAUGAAUGCCACACAAUCUUCUAUACGUAUAAAAAAAAAAAAAAAAUUACUAGUACGCAAAUUUAUACACAAAUUUCUUAACAAAAAAAAAAAAAAACAAACAAACAAAUUUAGGCCCACGCCGAGGUCAAUAAUUAUCGUGUUACUGUUUUUUAAAAACUUUAUCUUAAAAAAGAAAAAGAAGAAAAAAUAUUGGUGAAUGGGGGAUUUAAAAACGAAGCUAUUUUUCUUUUCUUUUAAAUUUUUAAUUUCAAUGUGUUCCUUUUUUUGAUUGUUGGUGUAAUAUGGCUUCGUUUGAAUUUUCUGUUUGCUUUUCAAUAAAUAGCGGCAAAAAAUUCUGAGAAGAAUUUUUAAACUGCGUAUAACAUUACAAUGGCGAUCCAGCGUGUGGCUCUUUUUAAAUUCUGUGGGGGUUUUUUGUUUUUUUUUCUCUCGAUGAUGAUGAUGAAACAAUGAAAAAAAAAAAACUAAACAAACAUAGCAAAAUUCGUGUCCCUUUGCAAAAUAAAUUACUGAAAAUUAAA